AUGGGUAGAGCAAUUGCUCGAAAACAAGGCAGUAGGUUGUUCAAUGCAAAUGACGUCUAUCAAGCGUUGACAAAUAACCAGAAAGAGGGAGAUGUUCAAGCCAUAUACCUCGACUUGUUUGAGAUUGAAAAGCUACACUUGGAGCAUGUAAACUUCAAAAAGAUCUGGAAAGCAUAUCAUUUGAAAUAUUUACCAUCAAAAUUUUCUGCUCAAAAUCUUGUUGGCCUUGAUUUGUCGUACAGCCAAGUUGUGGGGCAAUUUUGGAAUGAAGACCAGAGUCCUUGGAACUUAAAAUGGAUCAAUCUUAGUGGAUGCAAACAUAUAACUGAAGUCCCAAAUCUCUCUCGGAGUCUAAAAAUUGAGUGUAUAAUUCUGCAUAACUGUGCAAAAAUCUCAGAGGCUAUGGAACAUCUGGAGUUUCUAAAUUUAUCAGGUACAAUGGUUAAAGAGGUACCCAAAUCAAUUGGAAAUCUAGUUGCGCUUCGAAAAUUACACAUGGUUGAGUGCAGUAUACAAGAAAUCCCUGAUGACCUUUUUUGCUUAACCUCAUUACAAGAGUUAAAUCUAAGUUUGACCGAAAUUAAGAGCAUACGUGCAAGCGUCAAACAAGCUGCUCAACUAUCUCGCUUGUGCCUCAACGGUUGUGAGAGCCUUGAAUCUUUACCAGAGCUCCCCCCAUUAUUGCAAUGUCUUGAAGCAAAAGAUUGCGUGUCACUGAAGACAGUGUCAAGUUCAAGCACUGCACUCGCACAAGGUUGGGAAAAAUAUAUAUUUUCUCGAGGGCUUCAUGAGAAACAUAUAUUUUCUGAUUGCAGAAAGUUGGAUGAGAAUGCACGGAGCAACAUAUUCGGUGAUGCACAACUCAGAAUUAUGCGAAUGGCAACUGCAUCGUCAGAGUUUAAAGAAGGCAAAAUUGAACAACCAUCAUAUGAUUCAGAUUCAUAUGGAAGCUAUGAUGAUUUUGUUGAGGAACUUUUACGCCAAAGAUCUUUCGUUGAUUUCUUGGGUUUCGCUGUAUCUCUGGUUGUUGCAUACAAGAGAGGCUAUGCUCUAUCUUUUGUUAGGUGGUUCAGGGUUGGAUGCAAGUACAACUUCAAAACAAGUAAUGGUAAAAGCCGUGAAGUAAACCAUCCUUGGUGUAAUCUACUCACGAAUACUGGAUACAGAGAUUCACCUGAGGUCUUUCUGUGGUGUUAUAAUAAUGUCUUUGAAGAAGUUGUAGAGGGAGCUCAUAGCCCCACUGCAUUUUACAAAUUUGUUACUGAGGUCAAUGUUGACUUCACCGUACAGAGUUAUGAUGGCUAUGAGGAGGAGGAGGAGUUGGAGGUGAAAAAGUGUGGGAUAUGUUUGUUGUAUGGCAAAGGUGCCGAGAUGAUAAAGCAGCGGGCUUUGUAUGCCCAAGAUUUCUAA